AAGCAGUAAUAAUACCUCGGAAUGAUUUAUUUAGUUUCUAAUUUUUUUUUUAUUAAUAGACAGGAGAAAAACAUGGAUAAAGCAUACACUUUUUUUUUCUUUCUCUCUCUUUCUUUCUUUUCUCCUAAAUGCAGAAUCAAUUGAUAUCUAGUCACGUGCUUCCAACACCUUCACCACCACCAGAACCUGAGACAGACUUUAAAAAUGAAAAGAUAGUAAUACCGAAAAGAAAAAAUUGGAUAAAGAUUGUCCAGAGACUAUUAAAAGAGCUGGAUGGAAGAGACAAGAUGAUGAAGACAAUACAAUAUUUUAUAAAGAUCCUUUUACACUAUAAACUCAUUCGAGCCAAACACUGGUCAACGAUGGCAAGUCAAUUUUCAAUGACAAGAAAGAUACUUCGACUAGGCACAGCGGUUGGACCCCUUCAGGAGAUUGAGCCCAAGUUAAACUAUCAUACGGCGAUCUUGUUGAAUGAGAUCAUUAAUGGUGUGUCGGAUGAUAUCUUUUGCUUUCAUAAGCUUGGAUUUGUCAGUACGUCUAUCGGCACACGUGCUGAAAUAAUAUCAGCUUACUGUUGGUUUAUUGGUAUCCUGAAUGAUAUUAAAGAUCAAGUGCAGUCACUGAAAAAACUACAACGUAACAAUGGAGACAAGGACAAGAUCUUUUUGGCAGAGAUUUCAAUCAUCAAAUUACUCAUGGAUGCCGUAUUUUGUGCAUGCGAUAUCUAUCAUCCUUCUUAUAGUGCUAGUGCUCAAGCUUGGUCAGGAUUCUUUAGCGGGUUAUUAGCAGGAUAUAAGCUAUGGAUCAAGUUUUCCUUGUAACAUGAGGCUUUUCAAUCAUCGAUAACUUUAAUCUGGCCGCAUUAUCCACCAUACCCUACCCCAUUUUUUAUCAUUACUAUUACAUAACUAUUAAUUAUUUAUAAAAAGAAUACCUCACUUGGUCGAUCCAGAUCCAACCCUUCUGCUGAAUAUUCUUGCCAGUUUUGCCAACUCUCUGUGACUGGUCUAGGUACUGGACAUGAUGAUAUAAAUGAUAGAAUAAAAUAAAUACAUCCAAUAAUGAGAUCUAGUAUUCCUGUUGCUAGUAAAAACGUAUGACUGUUUGAUAUGACUACACUUCCUAGACUUCAACAAAAAU